AUGAGGAAUACACGACCCAAAUUUAUAAAGGUGGUGGUGGCAGAAAAUCGCAGUGCCUUCUCCGUCUCUCUGAGCAAUGAUAGUAGUGUGGACUACUUUGAAAACACCACGGUCAUCUACAAUCAUGUCUUUCUCAACCUGGGUGAUAACUACAACACAUCUAGCGGUGUCUUCACUGCUCCGCGUGCUGGCGUCUACAGCUUUGCGGUCACCAUCUACAGCGGUAGGGUUAACCACUCCUGCGCUGAGCUGCAGGUUAACGGCAUAGUGGUGGUUAAAAUCACCGAACGAAAAGCCAACGAUGCUGAAGACAGCGCCACUGUUGUUAUUACUCAGUCCCUGAUGGCUGGGGACUGUGUUUUGGUCUUCGUGCCUACAGGAUGUUACAUUAGUUAUGACAACAACCACCGUACCACGUUCACUGGCUUCCUGUUGUUUUCCUUGGAUAUGGAUCACAAAUACUGA